AGUAUAACCGAGUGUCGUACCCACGGUGUCUCACGGUAUUCAACUCUUACGCGCCCUUUCACUAGCAUCGACGUGUCAUAGCAGGCUUGAAGCCUUUUUUAUUCUCUUUUUGCCUUCUCCAUCUGGCUGUGAGUCCGGUCAUGGGCACAAACUCUUCAAAUAAAUCCAAUGGCUCAUCGCAGCUCACGAAUGGCAAUAAUGUCCAUACCAAGUCGAAUUCAGCACAAGUUGAUCCUGGAGUCACUCUUACUCAAGCGGGCUCUGUUCUGUUAGAUUAUUCUGCGAUCCUUUCCCUCGUCCUUGGCGGCUGUUGCGCGAAUGUAUGGUCUUACGAGCAGUUGCUUAUCAUGAACCCUCGCAUUGGUUCCGCUUUGACCUUUUCGCAAAUGAUGUUCAUCACUUUGCAGUCGUUGCCCGGAUUCAUCACAUUCAGCUCGCCAUCAAUAUCUGGAAAAGAAGAUACCGGAAGAAAGAAUUGGCUACCUCGACUCAGAUCACGACAGGUACCCUUGAUACAAUGGGCGUCGCAAGUGCUCGUACACACCACCGGAUCGUUAUUGAACAAUUGGGCAUUUGCGUUUAAUGUUCCGCUGACGGUAUUGAUUGUCUUUCGAUCUGCUGGGCUUGCUGUCUCUAUGAUCCUCGGAUACUCCGUUCUCGGAAGGCGCUAUUCAGCUAUACAAGUGAUCUCUGUGCUCGUAGUAUCCUUUGGGGCUAUACUGGCCACUUUAUCCAAAUCAUCAGUCGCAUCUUCGACGGCGGAUCCAGUAGAUACGCAACGCUAUGCUUUAGGAAUUGUGAUGAUUGUGACAUCGUUAUUAUUGACUGGAAUUCUUGGUGUGCUUCAAGAGCAGACGUAUAAGAAGUACGGGCCAUGUUGGAAAGAGGGAGUAUUCUAUACGCACCUACUUUCUCUCCCAGUUUUCCUCUUUUUAGCUCGAGAUGUCAAGCAGGGCCUUGCGAGUCUCAACCGCCCCGGAUCUUCCGUAUCUGGACCUGUGCCCGGCUCUGUCUUUGUUUCAUGGCUUAUCCUCGCUGGUAACCUCGUCUCUCAGCUUAUUUGUGUAUCCGGGGUUAACAAACUAACAUCCCGUGUCUCGUCCGUUUCCACCAACUUAGUUCUAACCACGAGGAAAGCAAUCAGUUUGUGCUUUAGCGUGUGGUGGUUCGGUAGUGGUUGGAAUGCUGAACUUGCGAUUGGGGCAUGCAUGGUGUUUGCGGGAAGUCUAUCGUUCUCACUUGUAAGCGGUGGGACUCCCCUUAGAAGAGGUGAGGGCGAUGGUAAAGAUAUCACAGAGUCGAAAUUGAAUGCGAAGAUGAAGAAGGAGUGAGUACAUAAAUACUAUGACUGGGUAAAUACUGGUCACCUACUGUAGAUAUGGCUGGAAGCUAUUGUAUACGGGGGU